GAAACACUUUCAGGGAUGACGGCAAAUUCUACUUGGGCUCCCCCGUUGAAUCUGGGGUGUGGACGUCGUGUUUUGACAGGACAGGGCUGGCUAGGUCAAGAUGAUGCUUUUACUAAUUGCUGAUCCACCUCCAUCUUCUCCUUCUCCUUCUUCUUCUGAAGUCAGUGCUUUGAAGCAAGGAGAGCAGAUCUGGAGAACGAAGGGAAACUUUGUUCCUUAAAGACUGUUCAAGUCCCCCGCGACCCGCCGACGACGGGCAGUCUUAUCUCCUAACACUUUCAAGUAGAAUACCACUUCAAUUGACAACAUGGCGUUCGGAAUACUGGAAGAUAAGCACGCUGAGCAUCCGCCAGGAACAGCUUGCAUGAAUGAUCAAUCGGAUGUACCUCGCGAGUAUGAAGAUGUCCCCAGAGAGCUCUUGAAGCACGCAACUGGAAGAUAUUCCCACGUUAUCUUGGUUCCUCAGCCGUCCGAUUCUCCGAAUGACCCGCUUAAUUGGCCGCUCUGGAAGAAAGAUGGUAUUCUUCUCAUUGUUGGAUUAUCCGCGGCGGUUGUUGGCGCAUUUGGACCCAUGUUAAGCCCUGGCUUCCUCGUCAUCGCUGCGAGUCUCAACAUUUCUGUGCCUACCCUGGGCCAGUCGACUGCUUGGGUUAUUCUGACAAUCGGUCUAUCAUUGUUCAUUGCGAAUCCUCUGGCGAAGAAAUUUGGACGUCGACCCGUUUUCAUUGUCGCUGUAUGCAUCAUGUUUGCUUGUAGUGUUUGGGGAGCCUUCUCGAAGGACUACAAGUCCUUCUUGGCCAGUCGCAUUAUUGCCGGCUUCGGAAUGGCACCUUAUGAGGUCUUGGUGCAGAACACCAUUGGUGAUUUAUACUUUGUGCAUCAGAGAGCAACCAGAAUCGCUGCUUGGAACUUGUUCUUGCUCUGCGGUAUUGCCGGAGGAAGUCUCAUCAGUGGGUACAUCAUUCAGGAUAUUGGCUGGAAGUGGACGUUUGGAGUUUGUGCGAUCUUCUUCGGCAUCUUCAUCUUCUUGGUCGUAUUCUUUGUUCCAGAAACCGCUUAUGUUCGAGCACCGGUCAAGGAGAGACUUGGCACGAUCACGCAUGGUUCAGACUCAGAAAAGGUCGCAGGAGAUGAGAAGAACGUCGAGGCGUCCGCCACAGGAAAGACUACGCCUGACAGUAUGCCUGCUGUUGAAGCGGUUGAAGCUAAGGAGUCUUACCUUCAUUCACUGCGCUUUAUGUCCGGCCGCAAAUACACAGACGCACCAAUGUGGAAGAUCCUUAUCCGUCCAGUUGUCAUUUUUUGGUAUCCUGCUGUGCUAUGGGCCUUCUUGAUCUAUGGUAUUAGUCUUACAUGGAUCGUAGUCUUCAGUGUCGUCAACGCUUCCAUCUUCACCUUACCUCCUUACAAUUUCAGCGUAUCGCAAACUGGCUUGAUCAGUCUUUCGCCAUUCAUCUUCACCAUCCUCGGGGAAGUCAUUGCGGGUCCCUUGAACGACUGGAUCUGUCUAUACCUAACGAAGAAGAAUCAUGGUAUUUAUGAGCCGGAGUUUCGUCUUGUACUGAUGGGUCCGGUCUUGAUCCUGGGCAUCACGGGCUUCUUCGGCUUUGGUGCUACUGUUCAUUACCAAACAAAUUGGAUCGGACCCGUCCUAACUUUUGGACUUGCAAAUAUGGCGACAGCUUUCGAAGCUGGUUGUGUGUUUGGUUAUGUCAUCGACUCGUAUGAGGAUCUGGCUGAAGAAGCCUUUGUUGCUAUCAACGCUCGUAAUUUGCUUACCUUUGGCUUGACGUACUUCGUCAAUAACUGGCUAGCAGAGGAUGGUCCUCUUAACGUGUUUAACGUCCUCGGGAGCACAUUUAUCGGUGUGGUUCUAUUGACCAUUCCCCUUUGGAUCUUCGGCAAGAGGAUCAGAGGUGCGAUUGCUCGAAAUGCUACGCUAACAGCAUUCAUGAAAGACUGAAAGGUGCGGCGCCAGUGCUUUGAAUAGCGUGUCAAUCAAUGGUCUGUGAUUAAGUUUUGAGAGCGCGAGUAUGGCAAGGCAAGAAUAGGUAUACUGUGGUGGUUUUCAGACGUCCUGGUGUUGUUUGUACGGAAUAGGACUAGCGCAGCGCAUGCCUCGCGUAAGCGAGUAUAUUGAGCCCUCGGUACAGUAACAAUAGCAUCAUCCUUCACCACCUCUAUAUCAGUAACGACCUUCCCAGAAUCUGAAGUAGCUGUUCCAAAG